UUGUCCACGCGUUAUUAAGGUUUGAGGAAAGAACGGCAAAAUGAGUACAAUACUUGAAAAAAUUGCUGCCAUCGAAUCCGAGAUGGCACGCACCCAGAAGAACAAAGCGACAUCGGCUCAUUUGGGUCUUUUAAAGGCUAAGUUAGCGAAGCUGCGUCGUGAGUUAAUAUCCCCAAAGGGCGGUGGCGGUGGUGCCGGUGGCGAUGGCUUUGAAGUUGCGAAAACUGGAGACGCUCGAGUUGGGUUCGUGGGGUUCCCGUCAGUUGGAAAAUCAACUUUGCUUUCUAAUUUGGCAGGUGUUUACAGUGAAGUCGCAGCAUAUGAAUUCACAACCUUGACCACGGUCCCUGGAUGUAUUAAAUAUAAGGGCGCAAAAAUUCAACUUUUGGAUUUGCCUGGAAUUAUAGAGGGUGCGAAAGAUGGCAAAGGUCGAGGUCGUCAAGUUAUUGCGGUGGCUCGAACGUGUAAUUUAAUUUUUAUGGUUCUUGAUUGCCUUAAGCCUUUAGGACAUAAAAAACUACUUGAACAUGAAUUGGAAGGCUUUGGUAUUCGUUUGAAUAAAAAACCACCAAAUAUUUAUUUCAAACGUAAAGAUAAGGGAGGCGUGAAUCUGAACAGCAUGGUGCCGCAAUCUGAGCUGGAUGCUGAUCUAGUUAAGACUAUUCUUUCUGAAUAUAAAAUACAUAAUGCUGACAUAACAUUACGAUAUGAUGCGACAAGUGAUGAUUUAAUUGAUGUUAUUGAAGGAAACCGGAUCUAUAUACCUUGUAUCUACUUGCUGAAUAAAAUUGAUCAAAUAUCCAUUGAAGAACUCGACGUUAUUUAUAAGAUCCCACAUUGUGUUCCGAUUUCGGCGCAUCAUCGAUGGAAUUUUGACGAUUUGCUAGAAAUGAUGUGGGAAUAUCUCAAACUGGUUCGAAUUUACACCAAACCUAAAGGCCAACUUCCGGACUAUAAUUCGCCUAUUGUACUACAUAAUGAACGCACAAGUAUCCAAGAUUUUUGUAAUAAGCUGCAUCGCUCAAUUGCGAAGGAAUUCAAAUACGCUUUAGUUUGGGGUUCUUCUGUUAAACAUCAACCACAAAAGGUUGGCAUUGAGCAUAUUCUUAACGAUGAAGAUGUCGUGCAAAUUGUGAAAAAGGUUUAAUAGUCUAACAGCUGUUACAUACAUAUACGAAUAUGCGAUUGUCAAAAGUUUUAAAAUGAAAUAAAAAUGUAAUUUUUUCUUCAAGAAAUGUUAGUAAACUUCAGCAGUUAUUUAAUAAAUCAGAAAUACGAUACACCUUUGGGAGAUAACAAA